AUGGUCUUGGCCAAAUCCAAAAAAACCGUCGGUCUGGGUAACCAGCUGAUGAAAGACCGGUUCGGCAAAGGCAAGGGCGCCGACCGUAAGAAAGUCUCGGCCGUCACCCGCAUCGACCACACCACGGGCCAGGAAUACAUCACCAAUGACCGCGAGGAGGCCGCCUGGGUCAAGAUGCGCUCCAUCACGGAGCAGGACGCGCUCGACGAGUUCCUGGCGACGGCCGAGCUAGCUGGCACAGAUUUUGCCGCGGAGAAGAUGAACAACGUCAAGAUUAUUCAUACCGACCAGCGCAAUCCUUACCUGCUGUCGGCUGCCGAGGAGAGGGCGGUCUUGGGUAAGCAGAAGGAGCAUAAGGGCCGGCUGACGGUGCCCAGGCGGCCGAAGUGGGAUGCGACGACUACGGCGGAGGAGUUAGAUCGGCUGGAGAGGCAGAGCUUUUUGGAGUGGAGGAAGGGAUUAGCAGAGCUGCAGGAGACGCAUGAUUUGCUGAUGACGCCGUUUGAGCGGAAUUUGGAGGUGUGGCGGCAGUUGUGGCGGGUUAUUGAACGGUCGGAUGUGGUUGUGCAGAUUGUGGACGCGAGGAAUCCGCUGAUGUUCCGGUCGGAAGAUCUGGAGGAGUAUGUGAAGGAUGUUGAUCCGAAGAAGCAGAAUUUGCUGCUGAUCAAUAAGGCGGAUAUGAUGACGUACAAGCAGCGAAAGGCUUGGGCGAAAUAUCUUAAAGGGGCGGGCAUUGCGUACCGGUUCUUUUCAGCCCAGCUGGCGAAGGAGUCGUUGGAGGCUCAGGAGAGCGAGGAGGAAAGCGAGGGUGGUCCCAGCAAGGCUGCGGCCCAGAAGGAGGAGGAGAAGGUCGAAACGGGGGCUGAGGAGACCUCCACGGAAGCUAGCGCUGAAAAGCUCCACGAUGACGAAGAGGACACCAAGAUCUUGACUGUCAACGAGCUGGAAGAAAUGCUUCUCCAAUACGCUCCCGAGGACGCAGGCCCCGACCGCAAACUCCAAGUCGGUUUAGUCGGUUACCCCAACGUAGGCAAAUCCUCCACCAUCAACGCGCUCGUCGGCGCCAACAAAGUCUCCGUGUCCUCGACUCCCGGCAAGACCAAACACUUCCAAACCAUCCACCUCAGCGACAAGGUCGUUUUGUGCGAUUGUCCGGGUCUCGUCUUCCCCAACUUCGCCAGCACCAAGGCCGAGCUCGUUUGCAAUGGUGUGCUGCCCAUCGACCAGCUGCGCGAGUAUACCGGCCCAGCCGCUCUCGUCGCGCAACGGAUCCCGAAGGCUUACCUCGAGGCUGUGUACGGCAUUCAGAUACGCACCCGGCCUCUCGAAGAAGGUGGCACGGGAAUUCCGACGGGCGAGGAGCUACUCAGUGCGUAUGCCCGACGCAGGGGGUUCAUGACGCAGGGAUUAGGCCAGCCCGAUCAGUCGCGUGCUGCGCGGUAUAUUCUCAAAGACUAUGUCAACGGCAAGCUGGUCUGGGUUCAGCCUCCCCCCGGAGGCCCCGAUCCGACCGAGUUCAACCGCGAGCUGUACGACUUGUCCAAACUCCCCGUUAAGCGGAAGGCCGCUGCUGCAGCCGUUACUUCCGCUGUGCAAGAUCUCGCUCUCGACGAUGACGACGCUACCUCUACCCUAGGUGACAUGAUUCCUUUGCCAGCAGCGGGAAGCAGUAAGGCCGAGAGGCUGGACAAGGCGUUCUUCAAGACGGCGCAGGGGAAUGCCGGGCACAUGUCCAUGCCGUUUAACUAUCUGUAUUCGCAGCAGGGGUCGGCGCAGGCGGUGGCGGGGAGCAAACAGCUGAGUGGGAGGAAGUUGCGGACGAUGAUUGCAUUGGAGAAGGGCGUUGAUCCAAGCGACGUGCAGAUGGCGACGGGGAAGAAGCAUUUUAAGGGGCGGGGCCCGAAGGGGAGGAAGAAGGGGGGAAGGGCGGAGGAUGAUGAUUAG